AUGUUGGUGCCACAGCCUCCUGGCCUCCCAGUGUUGGUUUCACACCCUCCCAGUGUUCGUGUCACAGCCUCCCAGCCUCCCGCUGUUGGUGUGACAGCCUCCCAGCCUUCCGGUGUUGGUGUGACAGCCUUCCAGCCUCCAAGUGUUAGUGUGACAGCAUCCCGGCCUCCCAGUGUUUGUGUAACAGCCUCCCAGCCUCCCAAUGUUGGUGUCACAGCCUCCCGGCCUCCCGGUGUUGGUCUACCAGCCUCCCGGCCUCGCUAUGUUGGUGUCACAGCCUCCCGGCCUCCCGACGUUGGAGUCACCGCCUUCCGGCCUCCCAGUGUUGUCUCCAAGCCUCCCAGUGAUGGUGUCAUAGCCUCCCGUCCUCCCAGUGUUGGUAUCACAGCCUCCCGGCCACCCAGCGUUGGUGCCACAGCCUCCCGGCCUCCCAGUGUUGGUGUCACAGCCUCCUGGCCUCCCAGCGUUGGUGCCACAGCCUCCCGGCCUCCCGGGGUUGGUGUGACACCCUCCCGGCCUCCCAGUGUUGGUGUAACAGCCUCCUGGCCACCCAGCGUUGCCUCCCGGCCUCGCUAUGUUGGUGUCACAGCCUCCCGGCCUCCCGACGUUGGAGUCACCGCCUUCCGGCCUCCCAGUGUUGGUGUCACAGCCUCCCAGCCUCCCGGUGCUGGUGUGACAGCCUCCCAGCCUCCCAGUGUUGGUGUGACUGCCUCCCGGCCACCCAGUGUUGGUAAAACAGCCUCCUGGCCUCCCAGCGUUAGUGUGACAGCAUCCCGGCCUCGCUAUGUUGGUGUCACAGCCUCCCGGCCUCCCGACGUUGGAGUCACCGCCUCCUGGCCUCCCAGUGUUGCCUCCCGGCCACCCAGCGUUGGUGCCACAGCCUCCCGGCCCCCCGGUGUUGGUGUGACAGCCUCCCGGCCUCCCAGUGUUGGUGUCAUAGCCUCCCGUCCUCCCAGUGUUGGUAUCACAGCCUCCCGGCCACCCAGCGUUGGUGCCACAGCCUCCCGGCCUCCCAGUGUUGCCUCCCGGCCUCCCAGUGUUGGUGCCACAGCCUCACGGCCUCUCAGUGUUGGUGCCACAGCCUCACGGCCUCUCAGUGUUGGUGCCACAGCCUCACGGCCUCUCAGUGUUGGUGUGACAGCCUCCCGGCCUCCCGGUGUUGGUGUAACAGCCUCCCGGCUUCCCAGUGUUGCCUCCCAGCCUCCCGGUGUUGGUCUACCAGCCUCCCGGCCUCGCUAUGUUGGUGUCACAGCCUCCCGGCCUCCCGACGUUGGAGUCACCGCCUCCCGGCCUCCCAGUGUUGGUGUCAUAGCCUCCCGUCCUCCCAGUGUUGGUGUCACAACCUACCGGCAUCCCAGUGUUGGUGUCACAACCUACCGGCAUCCCAGUGUUGGUGUCACAACCUCCUGGCCACCCAGUGUUGCCUCCCAGCCUCCCGGUGUUGGUCUACCAGCCUCCCGGCCUCGCUAUGUUGGUGUCACAGCCUCCCGGCCUCCCGACGUUGGAGUCACCGCCUCCCGGCCUUCCGGUGCUGGUGUGACAGCCUCCCAGCCUCUCAGUGUUGGUGUGACAGCCUCCCGGCCACCCAGUGUUGGAGUCACCGCCUCCCGGCCUUCCGGUGCUGGUGUGACAGCCUCCCGGCCUCCCAGUGUUGGUGUCACAGCCUCACGGCCUGCCAGUUUUGGUGUGACAGCCUCCCGGCCUCCCAGUGUUGGUGCUACAGCCUCACGGCCUCUCAGUGGUGGUGCCACAGCCUCACGGCCUCUCAGCGUUGGUGUUACAGCCUCCCGGCCUCCUGGCUGUAGGUGUGACAGCCUCCUGGCCUCCUGGCGUUGGUGUGACAGCCUCCCGGCCUCCUGGUGUGGGUCUACCAGCCUCCCGGCCUCCCAGUCUCCCAGUGUAGAUGUGACAGCCUUCCGGCCUCCCAGUGUAGAUGUGACAGCCUUCCAGCCACCCAGCGUUGACUACCAGCCUCCCAGUGUAGAUGUGACAGCCUCCCGGCCUCCCAGUGUAGAUGUGACAGCCUUCCAGCCACCCAGCGUUGGUAAAACAUCCUCCCGGCCUCCCAAUGUUGGUGUGACAGACUCCCGGCCUCCCGGUGUUGGUGUAACACCCUCCCGGCAUCCCAGUGUUCGUGUCACCGCCUCCCGGCCUCCCACCUCCCAGCCUCCCGGUGUUGGUGACACAGCCUCCCGGCCUCCCAGUGUUGGUGUGACAGCCUCCCGGCCACCCAGCGUUGCAUCCCGGCCUCCCGGCGUUGGUGUGACAGCCUGCCAGCCUCCCGGUGUUGGUGUCACAGCCUCCCAGCCUCCCGGUGUUGGUGACACAGCCUCCCGGCCUCCCAGUGUUGGUGUGACAGCCUCCCGGCCACCCAACGUUGCCUCCCAGCCUCCCGGUGUUGGUGACACAGCCUCCCGGCCUCCCAGUGUUGGUGUGACAGCCUCCCGGCCACCCAGCGUUGCAUCCCGGCCUCCCGGCGUUGGUGUGACAGCCUGCCAGCCUCCCGGUGUUGGUGUCACAGCCUCCCAGCCUCCCGGUGUUGGUGACACAGCCUCCCGGCCUCCCAGUGUUGGUGUGACAGCCUCCCGGCCACCCAACGUUGCGUCCUGGCCACCCAGCGUUGGUAAAACAGACUCCCGGCCUCCCAGUGUUGGUUUCAAAUCCUUCUGGCCUCCCAGUUUUGGUGUCGCAGCCUCCCGUCCUCCCAGUGUUGGUGUAACAGCCUCCUGGCCAGCCAGCAUUGGUAAAACAGCCUCCCGGCAGCCCGAAUGUUGA